AGCCCGACAUCUCAAGUCAACGUGAUGAAAGAAAUAAGAAUGAGGACUUGCUUGUAUUUGGCUAUGCCUGUAAAUUAUUUCGAGACAAUGAGAAGGCUAGAGAUGUCGAUAAAGGCAAGCUUCUUAUUCCAUGGAUGGGCGAUGAAAGGCUGAUGAUUGACAGGUCUGUGAUCCCUGCGAGUCACACUUUUCAAGGUUUCGAUUCGUAUUUCAAUUCGCGGUGCAAUUCUCGCGUAACAUCACUGUUUUGUGUUUCAGCUUCUGGUUUCUAUGUCACCUGGAUAUGUCAGAUGUUAUAACGAUUACGAGCUGUUGUCGAACCAACUUAAUCACAUAAUUAUAUUAGUUUAUUAGUUUUCGAACCAGACGUAAAGAACUUGUCACCACUUUGUGUGAGAUCAAAGUCAAAGCACUCAAAGUGUGGUGGACAGAUCAUAGUCGUCAUGACAGGAUGCAUGAAUGACAGUCAAAUCAAUUGUAGAUUUAUACUUUUACUGUCAUUUGCUUUUAUUUUGACAUGGUGAAAUAUCUAGAUCUAGUGCAGUGCUUUGUUUUCAAACACCAGGCAGCAUCUAUAGACUGCAUGGCAUUUAUGAGAUAAAUGACUUUGACUCUUGAAUCUGACAAUUGUUGAUGAGUGAUGUUACUCUAAAUUAAAUUGUCAAACGUUUACCAGCUCAGCGCCUGAUCUUAUCUGUAUAAGAUUCUCUAUGUCAUGGAGCUGGAGAUUAAGUCGUUGAAAGUGAAAAGUAACAGGCAUGAUGUACAUCACAUGAUGACACUAAUUGUUGGUCCAGUUGAUGGAUCCUGACCCCAGGAGGAACACACAGAGAAUCACACACGUACUGACACGGCUGUGCGAACCGAGGAACAAGAUUACCACACAAUACUUUUUGUGGUGCCGUCAGCUUCUAAGAACUUCAUCACCCUCAAUCAAUGCCUCAGCCAUCCAGUGACAUGACAUUGGACAGAUUUUGUUUGUGCUGUUUAUGACGUCGUAUGUUUCAGGAUUAUUGAUGUGAAAUGUUGGCAUGUGGAGGAAAUGCUUUACUUUCAGGUGAAAGUGAUGGGCCAAGAUGAAGUAGAACUAGCAUGGCAAGGAUGGAUAUGACGGGCGGGGCCACCUGUACGACCUGGCCUCCCAUGACGCCGACAGUGUGGACAGGACCGUCCAGCUCUCGGAGGAGGAGGAAGCCAUCGAGAAGGCGUGCGAGGAGGAGCGCUAUCUGGAGCUCAACACCGAUGUACAGGAGGCAGCCAUGUAUGAAGAGGAAGAGUGGAAACGUUACUACCUGUCUCUACAAGAAGGCUACCAGGCUGUGGGAUUCAGCUACGAGCAGCCGUACGGGUACGAAGCUCAGGACGACGCUACCCUGAAAGCUGCUACCAAGGAGGAGGAUGAGCCUUUUGUCGUCCCCAAAGAGUUGUGCGUCCCUCCAGAAAUGACAGUGCCAUGUUGUAAAAAAGAAAAUGCGCGGAUCGAGAAGACGGCGACUUUCAUCGCGAGACAAGGCAUUCAGAUGGAGAUCAUGCUGAAGACGAAGCAGGCCGGCAACAGCCAGUUUGACUUCCUGUCGUUUGAGAAGGCGCUGAACCCGUACUACAAGCACAUGGUGGCCAUGAUCAAGUCGGGGAAGUACAGACCGCAUCAGGAGGAGGAGGAGGAGAAGCAGGAGGAUGAGCACGAGGGUCACGGCUACCUGCAUCCAUCUCUGUCAUCCACCACGCAGCUGCCGCCCCCUCCACCACCGCCGUGGAAGCCGAUUGAGCUGCCCAAAGUCUCCAUCCACGACACGCCGUACGGCGCUUUGAUCAAGUCGAUUCGGGGUAACUCAGAGCCAGCCAAAGCCUCCACAGCACCGGCCGUUACCCCGCCCCCUCCCUCCGAGGUGGUGCCACCGGCCGCCUCCUCCUACCCAGAGCCCCAGACCUCAUACCACCCGGGCAACCCCCCUCCCCCCGGCACCGAACCCGUCUCCCUCCCCAUCGUACGCUCUCUCAACGGGCAGGAGUUGGUGGAACAGCUGUACGGCCAGCCUCUCCCGCCAGGCACAGAGCCCAGCGCAGCUGGCGACCCAUCGGUGGAGACCCCGCCGCGGAGGAAGGACAGGAAGCGGAGGUCGUCCAGCUCGGAUAGCUCUUCUUCGUCGUCGUCUUCAUCUUCGUCAUCGCGGAGUCGAGACUCGCGCUCCCACAGGAGGAGGAGAGAUCGCAGAAAAUCACCAAAAGCGAAGGAAAAGCAAGCUGUUCUGCGACCGGAAGGACCUAAUCCAAUAGCCCCGCCCCCUCCCGACGUGCAGCCAAUCAUCGACCACAUGGCCAUGUACGUGGCAAAGAAUGGGGAGGAGUUUGAGAUGGUUGUGAAGAGCCGCAAAGACCUGCGCUUCCAGUUCCUGAAUGAGUAUCACGCUUACUUCCCCUACUACAGCAUCAUGAAGGAAAGCUAUUUACGGGAGUUCAAGAGUCUGCUCCCCCAGCCUGAGCCGGAGGACAAGGGAGACGACAAGUCCGACUCCCCGGCCAGCCAGCAGCGCAGCGUCAGCUUCUCCAUCCGCGCACGCUCCAGGGAGCAGGAGAACAGCGGCAGUUCCAAGGUCAAGGCCGCCAAGUCCAAGACCACGCUGUUCCAGUACGACAGCAGCGACGAGGAAGGGAAGCAGCAGCAGACGGAGACACGGUCAGAGGCCUCGUCGCGCGCAGCCACGCCGCCCGUCAGUGUGUCCGCCAGUGUGUCGGGAGACGAGGACUCCAACAAAGAGAUGGAGGAGAAGCUGAAGGACAAGCUGGCAAGUGCCAUGAAGGAGCGCCUGUCCCAGAGCCACCGGGAGAAACAGCUGCAGGCCGAGAGGAAGAAGAAGGCGGCCAUGUUUCUCAACCUCCUCCGAGCCAAUCAGCCAGCAGAGUCAGCCGCCCCCGCAGGGUCAACGGAAGAGCAGGAGGCUCUGUAUGUGGGUGAAGGCGGCCCGGCCCCCGUGGUGUUUGAGUACAACAACCAGCCGCUGCCCCAGAAAGUGGACAGCAGUCGCUCGGAGAGGUCAAGGUCACCACGCGAGCGGAAGCGAAGACGACGCUCACCAACGCCCCCUAGCGCUUACAGCCUGGAUAGAAGGUCCCCGCACAGACCCAGCCCCCCGCGGUGGAGCGGUCAGGGCAGCCAGUGGUCAGCCUCGCACGACCGAGCGCCUACCUGGCAGAGAGGGAGGAACCGAGACCUGGGCAAGAGGUCGCGCUCAAGGUCGCCCAGGAAGGAGGAGAAGAAGAAGAAGCACAAGAGGUCAAAGUCCAGGUCACCAGUGAGGAAAUCCAAGGACAAAUCUCGCCACUCUAAGCACAAAUCCAAGGACAAAGACAAGGAAAAGAAGAAGAAAGAAAAAUCUCACCGUCGGAGUCGAGAGAAGGAGUCGGAGAAACCCGCUGCCCCAAAGACCAAUGGGAGAGGCCACGCGGAGACCACCAGUGACGGUAGCGACGUGGAGAUUGUGGAGCCCACGCCCCCCGCUCCCCCGCGGGCCAUCAGUGUGGACACAGACAACAGUAACCCCGCCUUCCCGUCUGUCACGGAGAGCAGCAACUCCGCCUUUCCUUCCGUUGCGGAGGGUGGCAACCCUGCCUUCUCGUCUGUCGCAGACGGCAGUUACCCUGCCUUCUCGUCUGUCGCAGACGGCAGUUACCCCGCCUUCCCGUCUGUCGCGGAGAACAGUAAUCACGCCUUCCCGUCGGUCACAGAUCUAAGUGACAUCCCAGUUCCCAGCGGUCGUCAUUCCAAAUCUCUGCUUCACAGUGAAAGGGCGGAUGACCGGCUGACCAACUCGUCCACUAGUCAGUGUAACUCUCCAGCCCCACACAGCGACACACGGGGCAGCACGGCCAGCCGUUCCGUCGGAGAGGGGACAAGCAGCGCCGCAUCCUCCACGGACCUGAUGAGCAAAGUGCGUGCCAUGCUGAAGCGAAGUCGAGAGAUGGUGUUGAAGGAAGACAGGAUGUUGCUGGAGGACACGUAGCCCUCUCUGGUGUCGUGAGAUUGUACAUAAUCUUGUAUGAUGUCGUCGAGGCUUAGUUGACAUUUUCUCAGGCUGAAGUGUCGGUGACUUUGGGAGAAAGGUGCAGUGGGAGGUACCGGUACUCCCUUCUCUGCUGGUUGUAGUUCAAGGUCACGUGGAAACAUCUGCCGGCUAGAGAAGGCCAGAGCUCCAACCUUGGGUCUCCGCGAGGGAAGAAGUGCAUUUAUUUAAUAGAUGACCCUCUGGGGAAAGGGAAACUUGAAAUGAUCAUGACAGUAGUGGGUGAUUUGUUUAGUCGUGACCCCAGUGCUUUCUUGUCCUAUCUCAGUUUUUAAUAAGGUGAAAACAGUUCACAACAAAGAGUGAGCUUAAGAAGAUGUGACAUCUUCACUUUUUUUAAAAAUUGGAGAUACGACAAGAAAGCGCUGAGAUGGCGUAGUGCUGGGUUACAAACAAUGUCAAGAUGUCCAAAGUCGGAGCACACAUGAUACACAAACUUGUGCGUCGUGCUCCGUGUGAGUGGGGUGUGAGGGGAGC